AGAGAAAUGGAGGAUAAUUGAAUAAGGUAGCAAAUGUGCAGGCAUCUUCAUUUGAAUAACUCAGUUAUAAAUGCAGCAUAAGGCUAUUUUACAAUAAAUAGCCUAGGAAAAUAAAAUCUCAAUCUAUCACUUCAAAAACAACCUGUGUCAAGGAGUAAGGAGUCUUUGAAACAUCAACCCCGUCCACUACUGAUGAUGGCCAGGUCAUGCGGUUUUGUGUUUCUGUUUAGGCCUCAUGCAAUUUUUGACACUGACAGCGCUUUUAUUGGCGCUUUUACCAGUCACCACUCCUACUAGCCAAAGUGAAUGCGACGAGAUAAUGUUGAGCCACUGGCUGUAAGCGGCCGGUGACUUGUGUGUACUGGAAGUGGACUUGGGGGAAGCUGAUACCAUAUUCGGUUUCCCCCCGGUUCGAGGAAAUGGAGAUUACGGCGGAGGCCGAAGCCGAGGAACGCAGGCCUGAUGAUGUGACGGGCCAUACAUAGUCCCGUGUAGCCUGGGCUAGAUUCAUCUAACCCCCUCAGUGAUCGAGAUACAGUACUGUAGGAGGGAACACUGGAAGCUGCUCUCCAGUCUAAAGACCACGGUGGAGGGCCUGGUGUCCACCAACAACCCUAAUGUGUGGUCUCGCUACGGGGGUCUACAGAGGCUGCACAAGGACAUGAACCACAUCCUCAGCCACGGCCUCAAGCACGAGCAGGUGUACUACAAGCAGAAAGACUACUGGCCCUUUGUGUGUUGUGUCCGCUACAUCAGCCCUCACCUGGCCUCACAUGUAGAACAGUUCAGUAAGCUGGAGCCCGUGCUAAACAGGGGUGUACAGAGUGUUGGGGAAGGCUACAAGGCCGAGCGCUGGCUAUUGCACAGCCUUCAGGUCCAUCUGCUCUCCGCCCAGCUCAAACCCCUGCUCAAACACCAGGAACACACCCGCAAGUACUACAACGAGGAUGCUUUUCUCCUAAAAGAGCCCCAUGUGACGGCCAUGUUUCAGUAUCUGGAGGCCGUGGAGCAGAACAACCCCCGUUUGCUGGCACUCGUUGACACUGUCAAGCUGUCCACUCUGAAGGGCCCUCCGUGUGUGGGAGGCCUGUUGAAGAGCCAGAGUCUGUGUGAGCUGCCUGGGGCCGGGGGAAGCUGGGGGGCCGGGCUGGGCAAGAGCCAGGGGCCCCCCAGGGAAGAGCUCAACCGCAGGCUCACCACCUCCCAGUGCUCCCUCUCCCACCGAGACAGAGGAGACACACUGAACAGCAUAAACACAGGGGUCAUCUCAGAGAGGAACUCAGACUCCAUUCCAUCAGCCAGCGCCCCGGGGGCCCCUUGGGGGUGCGUGUCAGGGUCCGGGGGGGAGGGCGAGAGGGGUGUGACUCCUCCCCGCCCCUCGGCAGCUGUCCCCCACAUCGCCCUGACCGAGCCCGCCUCCCCAGGCCCUGCCCACUCAGACACCCUAGACUCUGGCGAGGGCGACGACGGCCCAGAAUACCUGGCCAUCGGUAACCUGGUGCAACGCUGCAAUCGCCGUGACUCCCAGAGCUCCACCCCCAUCAGCGAGCCCAACAGUAAGCCCAGCGGGGGUGGCGCAUCAGGUGGCGAGGUUCCGGUCCCGCCUCCCGCGCCGCGUAGGUCAUCCUUCUCGGAGGGACAGAGGGGGCAGGGUCGCGGGGGCAGCAGGGGGCACAUCCGCUCGAUGUCUGACAUGGGGAUCAACCACAAACAUAGACAUGGAGGGGGCCACAGGAAAAUCACCAUUAUAAUAGAGGACCCUGUAGCAGAAUCGUUGGUUGGAGUAGACUGCUGUGUCAAGGCCUACAGCCCCUUCUCCCCUGUCAUCAGUGAUGUCAGCACACCCAGCUCCCUCUAUAUGGAGUCAAAUGGCUCCCAGUACAGCAGUGUUCCAGACGGCAUGUUCCGGAAGCCGUCAGAGGGCCAGAGCCUCAUCAGCUACCUAUCGGAGCAGGACUUUGGCAGCUGUGCUGACCUGGAGAAGGAGAAUGCCCACUUCAGCAUCUCUGAGUCUCUAAUUGCCGCCAUUGAGCUGAUGAAGUGCAACCUGCGGAGGCGGCGGGAGGAGGAGGAGGAUGGCGACGACAGCGACUCAGAGAUCCAGCAGUUAAAACAGAAGAUCCGCCUGCGCAGGCUGCAGAUCCGACGCACCUGCCUGCCGCCCUCACAGCACUUGUUCCACUCCACAGACAGCGGAGGCUCCUGCAGAAGCUCCCAGGAUUCCUUUCACAUGUCCGACUCAGGCUCUGCCGAGGAGGUGGAGGAGUGUGAGCUGAAAGAUGGCUGUGAGGGCCAGUCCCUGAUGGCGGUGUCAAGAAGCGGCCUCUCCCUGUCGCUCGCCUCCCUCUUCUCAGAUGCAGACAUAAAGCGCAGUGUGACGUCCAGUGGCCGCUCGUUCCUCACCUCAGAGUCUAUCUCUCCGUCGUUCCUCCAGUCUAACUCGGCUGAGUCGGUGGCCAUGGGGCUGCUCAGGCAGUUUGAGGGCAUGCAGCUCCCCGCAGCCUCGGAGCUCGACUGGCUGGUCCCAGAGCAAGACGCACCGCAGAAGCUCCUGCCCAUCCCUGACUCCCUGCCCAUCUCUCCUGAUGACGGGGAGCAUGCUGACAUCUACAAGCUGAGGAUCCGGGUGCGAGGGAACCUAGAGUGGGCCCCGCCCCGCCCCCAGAUAAUCUUCAACAUCCACCCCACGCCCAAGAGGAAAAUAGUUGUGGCGAAGCAGAACUACCGCUGUGCAGGCUGCGGGACUCGCAUAGACCCAGACUACAUUAAGCGAAUGCGCUACUGCGAGUACCUGGGCCGCUACUUCUGCCAGUGUUGCCACGAGAACGCACAGGCGGUGGUGCCGGGCCACGUGUUGAGGAAGUGGGACUUCAGCAAGUACUACAUCAGCAACUUCGCCCGGGACCUGCUGGGCAAGAUCGCCGGAGACCCCCUGUUCAACCCCAACGACAUCAACAGUGGCCUCUACAAGAAGAACAAAGCCCUGGAGACUGUCCGGGUUUUGAGGGUCCAACUAUUCCACAUGAAAAACCUAUUCAAGACAUGCCGCCUAGCUAAAGACGUGCUGGACCAUUUUGACAGCCUCCCAGGUCACCUGACUGAGGACCUGCACCUGUUCUCCCUCAACGACCUCAGUGCUGUGCGCAACGGAGUGCUGCACACCCGGCUUCGAGAGCUGCUGAAAUUGGGUUCCGCGCACGUGGCUGGCUGUGUGCUCUGUCAGGCCAAGGGUUUUGUGUGUGAGUUCUGCGGCAACGACAAAGACAUCAUCUUCCCUUUCGAGCUGAACAAGUGCACACGCUGCGAAGAGUGCAAGGCGUGUUUCCAUAGCAAAUGUUUCCGGGCAGGCAAGGAGUGCCCGCGAUGCCAGCGCCUGGCAGAGAGGCGGGAAAGGAUGGCACGCAAGAACAUGGAGGAGCAGGAGGAUAAGGAAGAGGACAAGGGAGGCGGGAGCUAAGAUGACGAACUGAGAACUGGACUGGAGAAAGAUUUUUUUCUUUUAAAGAGAACAAUGAUUUUACUGACUGACAGGGACCCUUAUUCUUUCAACUUAUCCCUCCAUCCCUCUCUUUUCCUUGAAACUGGACGAGCUCUGAUUUUGUUUUUCGUUUGCUUUAGUGAAAGAUUCAAUUUUUUUCCCUCCACCCAAAGUGACAGGAUUCUUCUUGCUUUUGUUUUUUGAAUGCAUUGUCAAUAUUCAAAAUAUUAUAUUCAUAUAUUGACUUGAUUUUUAUGGUUUGCUGCUCUGAUUCCAAGUGCAGAUAUCAUAAUAAAAUAGAGUCCUGACAUGUACAGUAUGUAUAGAAGUGGUAAUUUUAAAUAAAACAAGGUAGGUAGAAGUACUGAAAUGUAAGUACUUAUUACUCCACCUCCAUGUUAUGCUAUUUUAGCCAACCCUAUGUGCCUCUGUCACCAAUGUUCUUAUACUGGCAGAGAUAGCGCCCCAAUUGGUUGUUUAAGAGGAGUUGGAAUGACAGGUCUUUGGAGGGGGUCUCGAAAAUCAGUAUUGCACAGAGUUGCGAAUAUUUUAAGAUGAUGCAGUGGAGACAGCAUGUUUGUGCUGCUUUGUGUGCAUGUGUAAAAGGUGAUAUAUGCAUCUACUAAAAAGGUGUGUGUGUGUGUGUGUGUGUGUGUGUGUGUGAGGUUGUCUCUGUACCUACUGUACAUGCAUCUGUGCAGAAAUGUUUUGCACCAGCCUGAUCAGGCAAUUAAAUAUAUAAUUUUUUGUCUGUGUAAAAUAUGAAGUCUAUUUUAUUUUUUUAUUGCAUGUCUGGGGUUAGGGAGGUGGCAAGUCACUCUCGUCCGUAUUGCUGAUGUUCAUCUCACACAAAGCACAUAUUUCCUCUGAAAUGUGAAAGCCCUUUCUCGCUCUUCUUACUUUGCCUUGUAUUGCCAUCCUGAUUCUGUUUUGCUACAUGGAUUAAACUUUGGCCUCUUGGGCUGAGGUCCAAUGUUCCAAAAUGGCAUCCUU